GAGUUCUGCGCCGCGGCCGCGAAGUGCCCCCUGGCGGUCCCCGGCGGCGGCCCUGGGCUCCCGGAGGUCUACGGCCACCUCUUCGUGGAGCCGCUGAUCCACGUGGCCUCCGUCCUUGGCGGCCUGCUGGCUCAGGAGGUGAUCAAGGCGCUGACCGCACGGGACAAGCCCUUGAUGAACUGCGUCUGCUUCAACGCGCACGCGAGCGUCGCUUUCGUGGAGCGCGUCCCCCCCGCCGUCGCGGCGCCGCCCAAGAAGCGAAAGGCCGAGGAGGAGGUUGCCGAUCUCAUCGACUGA